AUGGCUUGUAAAGCUGUAUUGUGUGAGCCUUGCUUAUAUGUUGAGACUGAAAUAGAAGCGGUGGGAUUUUGUUCAACCUGUGCCGAGUGCCUGUGUUCGAAGUGUGUAGUUGAACACAGAAAAGCAAAAACGACAAGGAAUCAUUCAAUUCAGCAAAACAGUAUACCAGAGAAUAUAGAGAUUAUACAAGCAAUGAAUGAGAUGAUGACAUGUCCGGUUCAUAGAGAAAUGAAGAUUGCUUAUCGGUGUGACGAUCAUGGUGUAUGCGUAUGCACAGUAUGUCGGGUUGAUACCCACAGAAACUGUGACAGUGUAUAUGAAAUUGCAAAGACAAUGCAAGCAGAGAAAACUUUAAUCGAUAUUCGCGAAAGUUUUGCUAAAGUCAAAGAAAGAAUGGUUUCUUUAAGAAAACAAAAGGAAGAAAACAAGACCAGUUUGUAUCAGAAUAAAACUCGAAUUUUAGGUGAACAAGAGGAAAUAAUUCAACAAAAUAUUGAUACAUUAGAAGAACUUAAAGUACGAUACAGAGCACAAACAAAUGAAAAACUGCAAGCUGCUGUGUUGGAAAUUGAUCAAGACAUUGAAUCUGCUGAUGAGAUAGAGAGAAGCAAUGCCAGAAGUCAAGACAUGUUAAAGGCUUCAAUGAAAUAUGGUGAUAACGAUUGUUCUAAAAUUAUGGCCCAUUUAUUGACAGAGAGGGUAAUGAACCAUAAAGAACUUGCAAAUGAGCUUCAAAGAACAAAGAACAAGCCUUUGAAACUGAAGUUUGAAAGCAAUCUGAAUUUCAUCAGCGUUUCAUCACUUGGAACACUUUCUGUGAUGCACGUUGAAACUAACGAGGCUAAAGAUUCUGAAACUAACGAGGCUAAAGAUUUUAAAUGCCAAACAGAGAAAACAAGUGAUGAAAUACCAGAAAAAGAUCAAAAUAAUUCGCCUAUCGGGGCAACAGUAGUUAAAACACCAUUAAAUUCCUUGCCCUUAGUAGGUGAAAGUUUUAUUACUGAUGAAAGGAAGGUAUACGUACGUGGAGAUACUGAUAAAAAACUUUGUUCGAUAAUUGGCUCAGUAAUACUAGAAACAGGACAUCUUGUUUUAAUUGAUAAGAACAAUUCAAAUAUUAAACUACUUUCUUCUGAUUUCAUAGUUCUUGAUAUUUUGAGAUUGCCUGGGAAACCUGUGCGAAUGUGUGUCAUUAGAAGUGAUAUGGUUGCUGUUAGUUUUGAACGCCUAAAGCGAAUCAACCGCUACCUAGUUAAAGGCAACGCAAUUUCGUAUGAAGGCGGCUUUCCAACCGCACUUUUCAAUCAUGGAAUAGCGUUUGACGGUACCAAUAUUGUUGCUAUUAUGUCAGACGAGGAUUUUAGUCAGAAUAAUAACGCAAAAAAUGACACUAUUCAGGUAGAAUUACGGGAUGCAUAUAAUGGAAAAAUUACUGACGUGAUCCAAGAUUUUAGGUCUGUGGGUUUCAAUUCAUCGGCGCUUGUUCUUAACAAUACUCAGGCAGUACGUAUUACUGAAGACAAAAGUAUGAUUAUAGCAGAAUGUAACAGAGUGCUCUGUUUUGAUCUUGUUAAGGAGUCACCAAAGACUGUUGCUAAAGAAAGAAGGUUCUACGUUUGUUCAGGUGAACUGCCGAAAGGCAGUAUAGAAGAUAUAACAGCUGAUAGAAACAACAUAUAUGUGUGCACUACAUCUGGACAUGUUCUUCAAAUAUGUGCUUCUGACUACAGUAAGAACAGAGCUAUUUUGUCUGACAUAGGAGUAAGUGUGUGGUCGAUAAGUGUUGACAGUAAUCGUAUUAUACUGGGGUGCUUUGAGGAUAACUGUGUACGAGUUUAUACAUUCAGAAAAAACAACAAUGAAAAUUGA